CUUCUCUUUCUUUCUGUGUCGCGGCUGUGGGUUGGAGCCGCGAUCCCUGGUCUGGCACGUUCCUUGCUAUUUCAUUUUCAGUUUAAUAUUUCUGCUCCCUAUAUUUGCAGUCCUUGUGAGAACAACUGUUCUUAAGUGUCUAAAGCUAAGUGCAUCUUAAUACCGAUUAAUUUAUUCACUAGAAAUCCUGUUAAGAUGGCUGUGGUGAGCGGGUUGUCGGGGCCGGCAGUUGCCCGGCUUGAGGGCCGUGAAUUCGAAUACCUCAUGAAGAAGCGCUCGGUGACCAUUGGGCGGAACUCGUCGCAGGGCUCAGUUGAUGUGAGCAUGGGCCAUUCGAGCUUCAUCUCCCGCCGACACUUGGAAAUUUUCACUGCCGGCGAAGAUGGUUCUGGCGGCGGAGACUUCUACCUGAGGUGCCUAGGAAAAAACGGGGUAUUCGUCGAUGGGGUAUUCCAGAGACGGGGGGCUCCUCCCCUGCAGCUCCCACGAGUGUGCACUUUUAGGUUUCCCAGCACAAACAUUAAAAUCACGUUCACAGCCUUGUCCAGUGACCGGAAGGAGAGGCGGGAGGCCCCGGAGUCUCCCGUGAAGCCCGUCCAGCCCCAGAUCUCGCCUCUCACCAUAAACAUUCCAGACAACAUCGCUCACCUGAUGAGCCCUCUGCCCUCGCCCACCAGCACCAUCAGCGCUGCCAACUCCUGCCCCUCGAGUCCCCGCGGGGCGGGGUCGUCCAGCUACAGGAUGGGCCGCGUCCUCACCUCCGACCUGCAGCUCAUCGGGGACAACUCGCACUCGGAGAACGAUAAGGACGCCUCUGGAGGAGACAGCCCCAAGGAUGACUCUAAACCUCCAUACUCGUAUGCACAGUUAAUUGUACAAGCUAUCACCAUGGCGCCAGACAAGCAGCUUACACUAAAUGGGAUAUAUACUCAUAUCACAAAAAACUACCCCUACUAUAGGACUGCGGACAAAGGCUGGCAGAACUCAAUUCGUCACAAUCUUUCUCUGAACCGCUACUUUAUUAAAGUGCCCAGAUCUCAGGAGGAACCGGGCAAGGGCUCCUUCUGGAGGAUAGAUCCCUCCUCAGAGAGCAAGCUCAUAGAGCAGGCCUUCAGGAAACGCAGGCCGAGGGGCGUGCCCUGCUUUCGCACCCCCCUCGGACCCCUGUCCUCCAGGAGUGCCCCUGCUUCCCCUAACCACUCUGGGGUGCUAUCGAGCGGGGUGCAGACCCCUGACAGCCUGUCUAGGGAGGGCUCUCCUGUUCCUAUGGAACCAGAGGCCACUCCCACUACCACCUCUGCCCCCGCCCCUGCUCCCACCCCCACGCCUGCUACAGCUGUCCAACCCAAACUAGCUGUAAUACAGGAGGCUCGCUUUGCUCAGAGCGCCCCCGGUUCCCCUCUCAAUAGCCAGCCAGUUCUAAUCACAGUCCAGCGGCAGCUGCCGCAGAACAUGAAGCCGGUGACGUACGCGGUGGCCACGCCCGUCACCAGCUCCGCCUCCCAGCAGUCCGUCAUGCAGACGGUGCACGUGGUCCACCAGAUCCCAGCCAUGCCGGUGGUCACCAUGGCUGGGCUGUCCGCUGCUAGUACCUACACCGUGGCCGGCCAGGCCGUGGUGACGCAGGCCGCCCUGGUCAACGCCCCCAAGGCGGAGCCCCAGGAGAACGGGGAGCACAAGGAAGUCAAAGGUGUGCGUCUAGUGAAAGUGGAGCCUGUUCCUGCUAUCACCCACGCCUCUAUAGGAGCUGCUAGCCGCAUCAUCCAGACCUCUCAGGCCACGCCCCUACAAACGGUCACCAUUGUGCAGCAGGCACCCCUGGGCCAGCACCAGCUCCCCAUAAAGACCAUCACUCAGAAUGGCACCCACGUAGUGCCCAUCACCACUGCCAUUCAAGGUCAGGUCAACACAGCAGUGGCGAGCCCCCUGCACAUGCUGGCGACCCACGCCUCGGCCUCGGCCUCCCUCCCCACCAAGAGGCAGAACGGGGACCAGGCGGAGCAGCCGGAGCUGAAGAGGGUCAAAACGGAGGAGGGCGAGAGCAUAGUGAUCACGGUCAACAUGGACAGGCCAGCAGUCAGUGAACAAGGCAACCACAACUAGAGCUUUGACCUCAGUCACCUCUUUCCUUUCCCUUUUACUUCUGUUUGUUUUGGUUUGCCCCCCCUCCACCUCCCUUUCAUCUACUCCAAGGUGCCAAAAGGAGAAGAACACAAGUCAGGCCAUCUUUGAACUUCGGAAUGCGUCGCCCACCACCCGACAAGUUUAAAAGAAGAAAAAGAAAAUGCUUAAAGACAAAGAAAAAAGGAGAAGCUAAAGCAAAACGUUCCCCUGUGAGGACAGCAAAGCAAAAAAAAAUGAAUAAAGGAAAUAAAUAAAAAGACAGGAAGCCUUUAAAAAAAGAAAGAAAUAAAAAAGGAAGACUCGUUUAGAAGUCCAGAUCAAAGUGGACACCCAGGCCGAGACCCACGUGGCUGGGCUGUGCUGCACCUCCGUCUCAACUACCUCAGUGCAGGCUGGGAGGAGGGAGAGCUGGGGCUCUGGACCCACAGACCAACCAACCGACCAAUGAGCUGAGCCCACAGCCGCAUGACGAGCCCUUACUGUCAGAUCUCUUCUAAAAAACCAAGUGUACUCCAUAAAGGGAACAAAAACUUUUGGAGCCAUUCCUGUACCUUGGCAGCUAGCCUUCAUGUGACCUACCUAAUGCAGUUGUUCGUAGAUAAUGCAGUAUUUUGUUGUUCACGUGGAACUUAGGAUCUUUAUUUGGGUGUAAUUUCAUUUCUGUAUGCGCAAAGAAUACAACAAUAACCAGAUGAAAUAGUGGGGUCGCCAACAUUUCAAAUCACUCCACCCGUACUACGGAAUCACAAACAGGUUUUUGUAUGUGGACUUAGGUUCAGUGAAAAUGAAUGUAGUUUCUUUUCCCUUUUUUAAUCUAUCAAUGGAGUGGUUUGGUUUUUGUCUGUUCUGUCAAAUCAAAAUGAAGUUUCUUUAUCUACAGAUACAUAUUUUUAACAGAUAACCAAUGAUAUAUAAAAUAAUUUCCAUGUGUAGUUGACCAGAUGCUUCAUGGAGCUUGCAUGUAACUGAUUAGACAAAAUGUACCUGAGCCGUUAACUGAAAAAUGGAACUGAAGAAAAAAAAAAAAGAAAAAAAAACUGCUAAGAAUCUGACCAGAGCUGCACUUAAACGUGUUUCUGAAUUUCUGUUCUCAUUUUUUUUCCUUCCUAUUUGUUUUCCGUUAUCAUUGGCUGUAUUUGUUACUUUGUGUUGGAGUUGGCAGUCUCUUGCUUGAUAAUUUUAUUCUGUUUAGGCAACCGAAGUCUUCAGAUUGUACGUUUCCAAGAGGAAAAAGUGAUAGAUGUUUGUUCUGCUUCAGUGGGUAAAUGCUUUUUAUAUAUAUAUACAUAUAUAAAUUAAUUUAAAACCAUA